AUGUCGUUCCUCGGUGGCGCAGAAUGCUCAACCGCGGGGAACCCCCUCACUCAAUUCACGAAGCACGUCCAAGAUGACAAGUCACUACAGCGCGACCGGCUGGUCGGCCGGGGACCAGGCAUGCAAGAGAGCAUGCGCUCACACAACAUGAUGGGCGGACAGGACAAGAUGAUGGACGAAUUCAUGCAACAACCCGGCCAACCACUAAACGCACCUUCACCGCAACCGUUUGCAAUGGAGCACAUGCGCCGCGAACUGGACAAUUUCCAGGCGGCGCCCGCACACGCAGCCUCGCCCGGCUGGGCUGGCGAGUUCGAUGCCGGCGAGCAGGCGCGCAUGGAAGCUGCCUUCCCCCAGAUGAACAACGGAUCGGGAUUUAACCCUGCGGAGUUUGCCCGCUUCCAACAGCAGAGCCGUAUGGGCAUGCCCCAGACGUCCAGCCCUGCUGCAACGACCGCCUCGCCCAUGAUGUCUGGGUACCAGCGGCCGAUGGCCAUGGGCGGUGGGUAUAUGGGUGGUAUGGGUAUGGGGAUGAUGCCCAUGAUGGGCGGACAAAUGGGCAUGCACCAGGGCCCGAUGGAGGGACAGCAACAGGAUAAGGGGAAGGGACGCAUGGUAGAGCUUGACGAUGAGAACUGGGAGGCUCAGUUUGCGGAGAUGGAGACUGCGACGGUGGGCAACGAGGCCAAGACGGAUGAGGAGGCCAAUGCGGCCAUUGAGGCGGAACUGAAUGAUUUGGACAGGUCAGUGCCCUCCGAUGCCGCGUUUGAGUCUGUAUGGCAGCGGAUCCAGGCUGAGACCGCAACGAGCAGGAAAAUCGCCGAGGAAGAUAACUUUGACAUCACUGAUAACGUGCACGUCGGUGAUUUGGGUGACUGGGAUGGCUUCGAUAGCCUUAACUCUCGCUUCCGUGAUCCCCAGCUCGGUGACUACAUGUUCGAGGAGGAUAAUGUUUACCAGGCUGUCGGCAACCCCUUCGAGGAGGGCAUGAAGAUCAUGCGCGAGGGUGGCAACUUGUCCCUCGCAGCGCUGGCCUUCGAGGCUGCCGUCCAGAAGGACCCGCAGCAUGUGCACGCGUGGACGAUGCUGGGCUCUGCGCAGGCGCAGAAUGAAAAGGAGCUCCCCGCCAUCCGUGCAUUGGAACAGGCCCUAAAGGUCGAACCCGGGAACCUAGACGCAUUGAUGGGCCUGGCUGUAUCGUACACAAACGAGGGCUACGACUCUACCGCUUACCGCACACUCGAGCGUUGGCUAUCACACAAAUACCCAUCCAUCAUCGACCCGAAGGAGAUCUCCGGUGACGCCGACCUCGGCUUCACAGACCGCCAGCUCCUCCACGACCGCGUAACAGAACUCUUCAUCCAAGCCGCCCAGCUCUCCCCCUCCGGCGCCCAAAUGGAUCCCGACGUGCAAGUCGGCCUAGGCGUCCUCUUCUACUGCGCCGAGGAAUACGAAAAAGCCGUCGACUGUUUCUCCGCCGCCCUAGCAUCCACCGAAUCCGGCAGCACAAACCAACAAGAACAACUCCACCUCCUCUGGAACCGUCUCGGCGCAACUCUAGCAAACUCCGGCCGCUCCGAAGAAGCUAUCCAAGCAUACGAACAAGCCCUAAACAUAAACCCCAACUUCGUCCGCGCCCGCUACAACCUCGGCGUCUCUUGCAUCAACAUCGGCUGCUACCCUGAAGCUGCGCAACACCUCCUCGGCGCACUCUCCAUGCACCGUGUCGUCGAGCAGGAGGGUCGCGAGCGUGCGAGAGAGAUCAUUAAUGAUGGCGCUGCCCCUGAUGGUCUAGAUGAUGAGCGUCUUGAGCGUAUGCUGCAUAUUAGCCAGAAUCAGAGCACGAAUCUCUACGAUACGUUGCGGAGGGUGUUUAGCCAGAUGGGGAGGAGGGAUUUGGCGGAUCAGGUUGUUGCUGGUAUGGACGUGAAUAUUUUCCGCAGGGAAUUCGAGUUCUAG